AGCGACAGCGACAGCAACAGCAACGGCGACAACAACAGCAACGGCGACAGCAACAGCAACGGCGACAACAACGGCGACCUUGGUUUGGCGACAGCGGCGGCACCGGCGACGGCGAUGGCGACGGCGACGGCGAAAGCAGCUGUUGGCCAUCUGGCAGGAUUUGUGAUAUCAGCUUAUCUUUGACCCACUAAAAUGGUGGGGUGGACCAGACUUGCGUUGGUUUUCUUCUAUUCUGCCCACAACCGCCGCCAUAAUUUUCGCAAGCCUCAAAUGCCCAACGCACCAAAUUUAUCUUAACAUAACAGAACUGAAGCGGUUUAUGCCCAGAGAUAGUGUAUUUACAUUUCGGUUAUUCUCUCCCAGGAAUAUUUCGUAGCACAAACCAUGGCGACAGUCCAACCCGAAGGCGCCGCCCCGGCGCCGGACUCGUCCGAAUCGGCUACUGCCCCUAACCCCACGACGACCACGCCGAUGCCGACUGCCGUGGCAGAGACGACCGCAACGCCUAAGCCGAUCCACAGCCUGGUCGUUGAUACGGGUCCACUGAUCAAGAACGAGGUGGCCAUAUCUACUCUGCUCGCACAGGCAGAAGUCAUCUACACCAUUCCCGCCGUCAUCUCCGAGAUCCGCGACGAAGCGACCCGCUCCCGCCUCCAGACAUCCCUAGUCCCGUUCCUCCAACUUCGGAACCCUCGACCUGAGAGCAUCAAGUUUGUAUCUGAGUUUGCUCGCAAGACUGGCGACCUCCAGGUCCUCAGCCGGCCAGAUCUCCACCUGAUAGCCCUGACAUACGAGCUAGAGUGCGAGCGGAAUCAUGGCGACUGGAGAUUGAGGCGGGAGCCCGGGCAGAAGACCGUCAACGGCAAGCCACCUGCCAAGGAAGGGGUUGAGAGUACAGUCGAGAAGGCGGAAGGGGAUAAUACAGAUCCAUCCGCGUCCCAGGUCGAAGGCGACAAGGUGGCGGCGGAAGCGGAGACGGCGGUCGCGGGCGGGCCGGAGAUCGCGGACGGUGAUGACACUGCACCCUCUGCCCCUUCCGCCCCCUCGGACACCCCAAAACAUGCCGAUGAGGAGAUUGAGGAAAUACAAUCACAAGUCCAGGACCUCGUCCUCGGGACCUCGCCAGCCGAGAAUGACGCCGCCGUAGCAGAAGACGCGGCUGCCCCCGAAGUGGCCGAAGACGACGACUCCGACAGCGACGGCUGGAUCACGCCAUCCAAUAUCAAGAAGCACCAAGCACGCGAGGGCCUCGCGCCGGCCGGCCGGGAGCCGGCCGUUCAGAAGACGCUGCAGGCCUGCCUCCUGACGUCGGACUUUGCGAUGCAGAACGUGUCGCUGCGGAUGAACCUCAACUGCGCCGGGAGCGGGGGCGGCACGGGCGCGGCGCUGCGGCGCAUCACCCACCUCAAGACGUGGGUGCUCCGGUGCCACGGCUGCUUCACAGUCACGCGCCAGCAGGACAAGCAGUUCUGCCCGAAGUGCGGCCAGCCGACGCUGACGCGGACGUCGUGCUCGACGCGCGCCGAUGGGACGGUCCAGCUGCACCUGCGUCGGAACUUCCAGUAUAACAAGCGUGGCAACGUCUACAGCAUCCCGAAGCCGGUGCAUGGGUCCGCUAGCGGGAAGAAUUCAGCCGUCACUGGCGGCGGGAGGAGUGGAUGGGGGAAGGAGCUUCUCCUUGCUGAAGACCAGAAGGAGUAUACCAAGAGAGUGCAGGAGGAUAGCAGGACUAAGUAUAGGGAUCUGAUGGAUGAGGAUUACUUGCCCAACCUGCUGAGCGGGCACCGGAGUGGUGGGAACGGGAGGCUCAGAGUUGGUGCGGGGAGGGAUGUCAACGCGAAGAAGCGGAGGUAGGCGUGAGCUGGGCACCUCAGUGGGGUUGCCAAGGGCAUGGUGGUCCGGGAAAAUCAGGUCUAUAUGCAUGUCGGGCAGGAAUGGCAAAAGUCCACAUAGAAAUGAUACCACGAUAGAUGAGGAGCUGUCAGUCGACAUGUGUCUUGUUUUCCUUCCCUUGCGUUCCGCCGUAUUCCUCUAUGCAAAACACCGUUUGAUACCGG